GUGCCCCUGAAUGCGUGUCAGUGACGAGAUUAAUCACGCAUAUCAAGUGCCAUCCAUCCCUCACCCAAAGAAGGCGUGUCGUUUCCCGGGCAGUAACAUCAUCCAGAGGCUCUUUGUCCCGCUACUGUGUGUAUGUGUCUGUCAGUACCGGGCUGAGCUGCUCCAGUCAUGGCGGCAGCGCCCGCGAACCCCCGCACCGGGAGCCUGAAAGCGCAGCUGCCGCCCUGUUAUUACGAGGGAUACCUGGAGAAAAGAGGAGCGAAAGAGAAGGUAGCUCGACGUUUAUGGACCUGUUUAUGUGGAAACACGCUCUACUUCUUCAACAACUCGAGGGACACAAAUUAUGUAGAGAAGUUGGAUCUGAGUGGGUUUGUGUCUCUGAUCGAUGACCCAAGUCGUGAUAGGAAUCUGGAAGCAGCCAGAUUGAACCUCCGCAUGAAGGAUGGAGAAAUCAAACUCACUGCACCAAAUCUCGAGGCACGUGAGCUGUGGAAAGGUUUUCUCUACUCUGUCGUAGAUCUCGCUGUGCCCACGACACUCACCCUCCUGCCCGGGCAGCUGCACAUGCUGAAUGAAGUCGUGGAGAAAGAAAAAAUGCGUCGAAAGGCCCGUGCAUCUUCCAGAGCCCCUUCAUCCCCUCUCUCGCUCCCACUGGUGGGAGAAAUACCUGCGUGCUUCAGGCCUGUGUCUCGAACUGAAGCGGAGGUGCUGUUAGAAAGACAUCCGGACUGUGGGAACAUGCUUCUCAGACCGGGACGGGACGGAUCUUCACUCGCUGUCACUACACGACAAGACCUGAACGGCUCGGUGUUCAGGCAUUACAGAGUGACACAGAAGCAGCAGGGUGGUUACAUCAUCGACGUGGAAAACCCAAUUCCCUGUCCCACACUGCAUGAUGUCAUCAAUUCACUCAUGGAGAAAACAGCCGGGACUCUUCAGCCCUUCAUAUUAGAAGAGCCUUAUGAGGAGAACAUCACGUUUGUGUCAUCCAACUAUGAGAAUGGAGAGCGAACCCUGCACUGUGCUCCCAUUGGGCCUCUCUCUCGAGCUCCAUCACUGCCCCCUAAACAAGCUACAGACAGAUGGUCCCUGCAGUCACAGACGAGAUCUCCCAGUUCCUCACCAAGAUCCUUUUCCCCAUCUGGCUCUCCGUCCAACUCCAUGAGAAGACUGGUUCUGUCUCCUUCACCUUUCUCUCAGGGCCUCACAGACGAGCUCAAACAGAAGCUGGAGAAGAGACGGACCAGUCAAGAGUGAUUUCCUCCUUAUUUCUGCCCACCCUUCGCCGUCUCAUUCUUCCAGUGCCUUCCAAUAAAGACUGAUGUCCUGUUGAAGGAACAAGGACUCCCUGUAAUCGACACUCUUCCCUCAGUGUGACUUAAACAAUGACACUUUAUUUGACUUUAUUAAUAACACAAGAGCCGAGGUCCACCAGCUUGUCCUGCCUCAUGAUAAGGCUGUCACACAAUGUUGUGAGUUCCUUUGAGAUUAUAGAAAAUUAAAAAGGAAAAAUCUGAGCCAAUAUUCUUUAUAUCUCUUUCUCUCUCUCUCUCUAAUUAAUAAGACAUUUACACUCGGGUUUCUACUGACAAAACCAUGAGUAGAGAAUAUAUUUCCACACAUUUAAGAAAGAAGCACAUCAAACUGGUCUUACAAUGAAGGACUUAAUAGGCUAUAUAUCUGGUUUCAAUCAAGCACUAACUGUGAACUGGAGAGAACUGAUCUAAAUGCUCAGACGAAUGUGAACAUGGUGUUGUUAGGGGCAGGGUCCAAAAUUAACACUCCCCAUAACCAAACGCACAUAUAAAUUGGGCAAAUAUGCAUUUAUGCAUUCGGCAGAUGCAUAAAUGCAUCAUAAAUGCAUCAUAAAUGCAUCUGCCUUGUUCCUUAUUGCAACUUGCAUUGCAAUAAAGGUAUAAGCCUAAAUUUAAUCAGAUCAUGCAUUCCCUGGGAUUUGAACCCAUGACAUUAGCGUUGCUAGCACUAUUUUAGCUUCAGUAAUGCAAAAUAAAAACAGUAACUUUAUUAGGAACAUGAACAUAAUACGGUACAUGAUUUAAAUUGAAUUGUAAGGAUGAUCCACACUCUCUUAAGGACAUGCUAUAUUUAAAGAGAAACCAUGUCACGACUGGAACAACAAAUAUAUAUAAUACAAAUAAUGCAGUUUCAUGGCCAAUAAGAAAUAUAUGGCCUUUGAAAGGUGUGGCAAAAGUUCAUUUUUGACCCUGCUUCCGUGUGUCUCAAUAGAUCUGUAAUAUUUCGAAAUUUGAAUGAUGCUUUUGGACACAUUUCCAGGAGAAACACCCAAGUUUAUGAGGCAGGUUUUGCUUAAAAUGUUUUUUUGAAUAUUAAGGACAAUUCAGCCUAGAGGUGAGUGUCUCAGAUUUGUAAGCGUUUAGGGAUAGGUUGUGAAAUGGUUCCAUUUGUGUUCCUGAGUAACCAACUUUCAUUGUCGGUUUUAUGAACAUGCAUGGUACUACUGUGACUUUGUAGAUAUCUGUUUUCAUGUGAUGUUAAAAUCAUUUCUUGUUAUUUAUAACUGUGAUAUUUAUGGGAAUUAAAGGGAAGGUUUUAUAUAAUUCA